GCUCCCAGAGCGUGAGUGCGGGCUGUGGGCCGUGCGCGUGCGCGCUCAAAGGGGGCGCGAGACAGGCACGCCCGGCGGUUGCCGGCGCGUGGCUGCUGAGGUUGGCGGCUGUAGUGCCGCGCGCCCGACUGACCGGUAGUUGCGGGGCCUCCAGCCUCGCUCCGGGCUGCGGGCAGCCGUGGCGGCCGCCGGCGACCGCAAGGGGCGGAGGAAAGCCGGGGGCGGAGGGGGGCGGCCUCGGCACGCAGAGGAACUGCAGGGCAUGCCCCGAGACAACAUGGCCUCCCUGAUCCAACGGAUCGCCCGCCAGGCGUGCCUCACCUUCCGGGGCAGCGGGGGCGGCCGCAGCUCUUCCGACCUCGGCGAGGCGCCAGGCCCGGAGGCGCCGAUACCGCAAGGCUUCCCGGAGAACCUGAGCAAGCUGAAGAGCCUGCUGACCCAGGUCCGCGCGGAGGACCUGAACAUCUCUCCGCGUAAGGCCACGCUGCAGCCGCUGCGGCCCAACCUGCCGCCCGUCACCUAUAUGCACAUCUGCGAGACCGACGGCUUCAGCCUCGGCGUGUUCCUGCUCAAGAGCGGCACCUCCAUCCCGCUGCACGACCACCCGGGCAUGCACGGCAUCCUCAAGGUGCUCUAUGGGACCGUGCGCAUCAGCUGCAUGGACAAGCUAGAGGUGGGCAGCGGGCAGCGGCCGCGGGCCCCGCCACCAGAGCAGCAGUUCGAGCCGCCUCUGCAGCCCCGGGAGCGGGACGCGGUACAGCCGGGCGUGCUGCGCUCUAGGGCAGAGUACACGGAGGCCAGCGGCCCGUGCUUCCUCACGCCGCACCGGGACAACCUGCACCAGAUCGACGCUGUGGACGGGCCCGCCGCCUUUCUGGACAUCCUGGCCCCGCCCUACGACCCCGACGACGGCCGGGACUGCCACUAUUACCGAGUGCUGGAGCCUGUCAGGGCCAAGGAGGCCUCCGGCUCGGCCUGUGACCUGCCCCGAGAAGUGUGGCUCCUGGAGACCCCGCAGGCCGAUGAUUUCUGGUGCGAGGGGGAGCCUUAUCCAGGUCCCAAGGUCUUCCCUUGAAGCCGCCGGCGCCCUAAAGCGGUGGGCCGAACACUUGCCCUACUCAGAUCUAGGCUUGGCUGGCCGCGACCCCAUCACAAGGGCUUUCUUCCUUCCCCCGGCCUGGGUGUUGGAUCUACUGGAAUGGGCAGUAGCCGCUUCCUCGGGAGUCUUGGGAAGCGCGGGCGACUGGAUUGCAACCA